CGGGACCGGGACCACCUGGACCAGCACCAGGUGGUCACAGCCGGAGCGGACAGCCCCGCGUCGGGCGGCGGUCUCAGCCUCCGUGCGCUGACCGGCUGCGUCCUGUGCGCGCUGAUCGUCUCCACCCUGCUGGGCAACACUCUGGUGUGCGCCGCGGUCAUCAAGUUCCGCCACCUGCGCUCCAAGGUCACCAACUCCUUCGUGAUCUCUCUGGCGGUGUCGGACCUGUUCGUGGCCGUGCUGGUGAUGCCCUGGAGGGCGGUGUCCGAGGUGGCCGGAGUCUGGCUCUUCGGCCGCUUCUGCGACACCUGGGUCGCCUUUGACAUCAUGUGCUCCACCGCGUCCAUCCUGAACCUGUGCAUCAUCAGCAUGGACCGCUACUGGGCCAUCUCCAGCCCCUUCAGGUACGAGCGCAAGAUGACGCGCCGCUUCGCCUUCCUGAUGAUCGGGGUGGCCUGGACUCUCUCCAUCCUCAUCUCCUUCAUCCCUGUGCAGCUCAACUGGCACCGGGCGCACGCAGACAACUCGACGGCGGACGACCCGGACGACUGCAACGCCAGCCUGAACCGGACCUACGCCAUCUCCUCGUCCCUCAUCAGCUUCUACAUCCCCGUGGUGAUCAUGGUUGGGACGUACACGCGUAUUUUCCGCAUCGCGCAAACCCAAAUCAGGCGAAUUUCGUCUUUGGAGAGGGCGGCAGGGCCCCGCGCGCAAAGCCACCGCCACCGCGCGUCCACGCACGACGAGAGCUCGCUGAAAACGUCCUUUAAGAGGGAGACGAAGGUCCUGAAGACCCUGUCCAUCAUCAUGGGGGUGUUCGUGUUCUGCUGGCUGCCAUUUUUCGUCCUGAACUGCGUGGUGCCCUUCUGCGACCUGGACCGGGUGGGGGAGCCGCCGUGCGUCAGCGACACCACCUUCAGCAUCUUCGUGUGGUUCGGCUGGGCCAACUCGUCCCUGAACCCGGUCAUCUACGCCUUCAACGCCGACUUCAGGAAGGCCUUCUCCACCAUCCUGGGCUGCAAUAAGUACUGCUCCAGCUCCGCGGUGGAGGCGGUGGACUUCAGCAACGAGCUGGUGUCCUACCACCACGACACCACCAUGCAGAAGGAGGCCGGCGCCGCGCCGGGUCCUGGGCCGCAGAGAAUCAUGCAGCCGCCGCAGCCACCGCCGAAAACGGACGGAGACGCAGGGCAGAACUUUGACAAAGUCUCGGUGAUUUCGGAUGAUUCCCGUCACCACAGCAACUUACUGCUCCCCGCCAUCCUGCAGUACGAGUGCGAGGCGGAUAUUUCUUUGGACAUGCUGCCCUUCAGCUCCUCCGGACCCGCCGACUGUUACGUUAUUCCGGGUCAAGUCCAGGACCUGUGA